GUCACUUCCACUUAAAGAUCGGCAUCUGGGCGGUGGGCCCUCACGCGGUUCCAACAUGCGGAUUGAGAAGUGUUAUUUCUGUUCGGGCCCUAUUUACCCCGGCCACGGCAUGAUGUUUGUCCGCAACGAUUGCAAGGUGUUCAGAUUCUGUAAAUCCAAGUGUCAUAAAAACUUUAAAAAGAAGCGGAAUCCUCGCAAGGUCAGAUGGACUAAAGCAUUCCGUAAAGCAGCUGGUAAAGAGCUUACAGUGGAUAAUUCAUUUGAAUUUGAAAAACGUAGAAAUGAACCUGUCAAAUACCAGCGAGAGUUAUGGAAUAAAACUAUUGAUGCAAUGAAGAGAGUUGAAGAGAUCAAACAGAAGCGCCAAGCUAAAUUUAUAAUGAACAGAUUAAAGAAAAAUAAAGAAUUACAGAAAGUUCAGGACAUCAAAGAAGUCAAGCAAAACAUUCAUCUUAUCCGGGCCCCUCUUGCAGGCAAAGGAAAGCAGCUGGAAGAAAAAAUGGUGCAGAAAUUACAACAGGAUGUGGACAUGGAGGAUGUUUCUUAAAAAUCUCACUGUUUCUUUAAGUGUUUUUGAAAAUCUCUUUAGGAGACCAGGAACUUCUAAGUUAUCAAUUUAUAUUUUAAAUAAGGUCACUCAAAUGAGAGGUAAUUAAAAAUACACCUCUCCUACAUUGCUAUCAUUAUGGCUGUUAGAUUGCAUCUCCAUGUUAAACCUACUGAGAGUUAUAUUUAUGUAAGUCAUGCAAAUUCUCCUUGUAAAUACAAAUGUGGACAUAAAAUGGUCCUGCUGUUUGGAUAGUGGUACUAGGCAGAUUUAUGUGAAUGAACAACAGAAUUCAUGGUUAGCAAUAUGUAAAAUAAAUUUUCUUUGCAGUAAAAAAAAAAAAAAAAAAAUAGAACAACCCUUGGAAGAUGCUGGUCUUCACUGUUCUUAGAGUCCUCUAAUUUGAGAAAACAACUAAAAAAUACAGUGCAGCAGGAAGGUGGCACCCAUGAACAUAUGGUGAGCAACAAAAAUUAGAAUUUGUUUUCAGAUAUUGCCGAGCUCAUUCCGUAGCCUUGGACAUUUUUCUUGAACUCCAGCAAUCUGGAAUCUUGCCUCCCUGGUCAGCAACACUUCUAAAUCAGAAUAAAUGUAGUCCGCAGCACUCUCUCUCUUUAGUGACCCCUUUCAGAUCCAGAAAAUCGGGCAAAAACAGUGAUGUGUCCCUUCUAAUCCCAAGUACCUACUCCUACUUUUGGUCUGUGCUUCCUCAAGAAAGAGGAAUAUGUCCCCAAAGCUAGUUCAGCCUUAUAGUCCUGGUGAAUCUCUGACAGCCCUAUCGUUCUACCUUGGGCUUUGAAAUAUAAAAGCAAUAGACCUGUGGUGUUCUUGUACACAUAACAGCUGUGGCCCUGUCAGGGUGACGGUCCCCACCACUAGCUGGGGGUGUUCAAGAUGACAACAGACUACUUCAGCCAGAGAAUGAUCCACAUCUGGUGUUUUCCUCCUCUUGUUCACGCCUGUCACCUCCUCCUGCUGUAAAAUCCCCAAAGCUGGGGUUCAGUACACGGACCCUCGUUAGGUAAAUACACUGCUGCUAUACAGUACUAGUACGCUGUUCAUCCAGUUCAACACAUGGAUUAAAUAAACCUCUUUGGUUUUGAGAUCCUGAGGAUUAGUUUCAUUGGCUAUUUUUCAAAACAAAGGAGAAAGCUGAUCUAAAUGUUUCUGCUAAAAUAAUAUACCCAUCAUUUAAAGCAUUAUUUAUACAAAUGCACUUUAUUGUUUUAAACAGAACAAAAGAAGAGGCAGAAAAUAUUUGCAUAUAACAAAUCCUAGCUUAUAAAUGUAGUUUUUUGUGAUGAUGUCUCUAAUCAGUCUUCAGGGAUUUUUUUUUUUUUUUUAAUUUGUUUCACUGUGUCUUGAGCACUGAUAUUAGAGAAAAGCACAUCGGCAUAAAGUGUAAACCAGUGUCUCAAAACACUGGAAGAACCUGGAGAGCAGACAUGAUUUUUCUUAUUUCCUCUAAGUAAUCUUUCAUAAAACAAAAGGUGAUCUUUGGCAUAGAUUCAUACUUUAAAGGCAUUAAUAUUGCAUUUAUAUCAGGUAAGCAACUAUACAAAUAUGCUGAGGGCCUUGAAAAUAAUAUUCAUCAGUUAAAAGAAAAUAGAGGAAGCCUGAGUGUACAGUACCAACUGAAGACAGGUUUUACACAGUAGAUGUGGGAUUUAACACACAUUGGAAGUGAGAAGAAAGGACAUUCAGGCAACGGUUCUUACUCCUUUACUCAUCCAGUUCUGGCUUUGGGAAGAAGUAGGAUUUCAUGUGCUGGGCAAUGCUUCGACAGCAGUGAUAACGCAAAACAGGAAAAAUUCUUCUCUCUCACUUUGCUAAUAGGAAACUUACGGUGAUAAUUAAAUAUUAUAUCCAUUACUCAUGAGCAUUGGUACUUGGGAGGGAGGUGGGGAUAACAGGGACUUGGUUAAGGGAGGUAGGAAUAGAGAGCACUAUUUCCCACUGAUUCAUCCCCAACGGAGCCAGAGUUCCAGACUGCAAGUACCAAUCUCCCUUAGGUAGCAAGUGCCCUUCAGACAGGAUUGCCUUUCUAUUAAACAUUCCUGGGGGGCAAGCACCAGUUCUUAGGUGAAUUUCCAAAGGAUAAAAAGGAUCUUUCAAAAUUACAAUGAACAAACACAUAUCUUUAAAAUCUUGUUUAGGAAGGGUAUGAGGGAAGAAUACAAACGCCAGGAUUGGGGACAUGAUUUGGUUAAAAACUAAAUGCAGCAUUACAGCUCAGAAAGAACAGUAAGAGCUAAGAAUGAAUGAUAAGGCCUCAGCACAGAUCUCUGCAGGCAGUGACAAAGCAUGAGGUGCCUGAGAGUGGCCAUGCCGGGAAGAAGGGCAGGGCCUCGCCCGGCUACUCUGCCCCUCCAGCGGCAGAGAGCACCAGGACACACAGUGUGUGGGAUGGCUACCUUCACAGGCCGAGGCGGGAUAUAGGACAGGAAGCUUCCCUAGCACAGACGUUGCUCAGGGGCAAGGUAAAGACAGAAUCGUGUGAUUCUGUGAUUUCCUCCUGAGAGUGAAAUUUGGUUUUGCACUGUGGGAAGUGAGAAGGAUUAACCUGGGGAAGGGCAAGAGGUGAAUCCAGGCCCCAUGUGCUGGGGCUCCCCAGAGGCCAUCUUCCCUUGUAGCAGCAAAGCUCACUUCUGAAAAGGACCCAGAUAGCACAGCCAGGGUCAGGAGCAACACGGAAAGCCAAAACAAAUUUUGGAGGCACAGUGAUUUCCUUCUUAACUAACUUGCCUGGGCCUGGGUCUUGGGACCCUGGUGGGGAGGACUGGAGGGGAG